GUUUUGUUAAAAAUUACAAGGAUGCUAUUAGUGUUAAUCACUUUUCAUUUUAAUUACUUGAACGUUUAUAAUAAUUUAUGAAAAUCAAUUUAAUCAUUUAAAAUGAAUUUAAAUUCACUUUAAUCACUACCAGUGUAAAUUACAAUUAGUAAUCAUUUGAUAUCCAACAAACAUGGUGUAAUAUAAAUUUGUAUAAUAUUAGAUAUACCACCAUUUUUUCAGUAUACCUAUUUCUACUACACUAGUCAAAAUGACUGUUGUAUACAAAAAAUGCUUUUCGAGCUUUGCUUCCAGUCUUUAAUUACUCUUAAAAAACAAUCAAAAAUGUUUAACAAUAAUAAUUUUAAUAGGUAAAUGAAUUUAUAGAUAUUUUUCAAUUAUUUACAGAAAUCAAAUGUUACAUGAAGUAAAAAUUUGAAUUUAAAAUGGCCUAACCAGUCAAAAUGGUCUGGUAUGGUAUAUCUAAUGUUAAUAAUUAAAAACAACAGAAAUUAGAAAAAAAAACAAAUGUUUGUAUUUUAUAGCAUACUUUAGAUAUAUAUAUAUAUAUUAUAAUGAUCGAUUUACAAGAUAUGGUUAUUUGUAAAUAGUCGACAUAUAAUGAUGAUAUUAGUUACGUUAAAUUUUCAUUGUGAAUAUAAAAGACAUGAUUAUUGUCUCUUGGCAUGUUAUAAUUAAAUUCAAAUCGUAAUAAUUUUGUGAAGGAAAAUAAAUAAUUGAAUUAUAUACAAUAAAAAUAAUAUACGAAGAAGAACAACAUGGAGUCGAUUAAUGAAAAUAAACUUGAUGAGAUUUACGCGUGGUUAGAUCAAAUAACAUUUUCAAGACCAAAGAAAAAUAUAUCAAGAGAUUUUUCUGAUGGAGUAUUUAUGGCUGAAUUAUUGAAACGAUAUUAUCCAAAAUACGUUGACAUACACAAUUAUGUACCUGGUAAUAGUAUAGCAAAGAAAAUUGAUAAUUGGAAUAUAUUAAAUAGAAAAAUUCUGUCUAAAAUUGAUAUGAAACUUGGAAAGGAUGUAAUCAAUCAAUUAGCUAAUUCACAAUCAGGUAUUAUUGAAAAAGUUUUGAUAGAUUUGCGUGGGAAAAUUUUAAAAGAUUGUAACAACGAUCAAGAUUCUUUAUAUCUUGAUUAUGAAGAAAAUGGAAGAGUUGUUGACGUUAAACCUAUUUUAAAUCCUGAAGAAGUUGCUAAUAGAACAGUACCACGACAUAUCUUCAUACGACUCAAGCAAGAAUUGCAAGAAAGGAAUGAAACUAUUAACACACUUCAUCAAAAAAUUUCACAUUUGGAAAGUUUGAUCAAAUUGAAAGAUCAAAGAAUAGUGGAUCUUACUACACAAGUUAAAAGACCAAUGACAGAUGUAUCAACUUCUCGUAUUAAUGUUCUUCCAAAUUAUGAAAUUACUAAAGUACGAAUGAAUUCUUAAAACGUUUUUUUUUUUUUUUAGAAAAAAUCAAAAGAAAUUAUAGUUAAUA